CAUCGACCGUGAGCACAGACUGGUAGAGACUAACCGGAAACUCGAGAUAAAGUUACAAAUAAUAGACCUCCCACAACAACAUGACCAGCAAGAGGGACUCAGAUCAACAGAAGACCUCCAACAACGUGAUGAUUAAGGAGGACCCAGAUCAGCAGGAAACCUCUGAUAACAACAUGAUGUUAAAGGAGGACCCAGACCUGCAAGUUUGUAACCAGGAGAGGAACUCCAGUCUGGAGAAGGAGAACCCAGAGCCUACACAGAUUAAAGAUGAACAGGAGGAACUCUGCAUCACUGAGGAGGGAGAGCAGCUUGUAGUGAAGGAGGAGGUUGAUGGUAUCAUCGUUUGGACUGGUAAAGAACGGCUCAGUCUUCUGGAUAAAAUCUGGAAACCAAAAGAAAACUUGGCAGGGAUUCGUACCAUUUGUGGCCAAAGUCGAGGCCGGUGCCAUGUACAUCAGAAAAGCCGUGGAGCUGGUGGUGAUGCCUCUCGCAGCCGGUCGCCACAUCGUCCAGUGGCUUGGAGAACAGAGGCAGACCCAGAUGAUGCUGUCCCUCAACCACCAAAAUUCAGACCAAAGAGAACCCCUGGUAUUCAACCUCCUCUCAAUGCUGCACAAUCCCCAGGUGAUAUCUUCUCCAAAUUUUUUGAUGACGAAGUACUAAAAUGCUUGUACCGAUUUAUGGCCAUCAAUUCUAACCUUCAUAUCAGUGAUCCAGAAGAAGAUGUGGCCUAUGGCAAGAAAAAGGGCACAGAGGACUAUGACACAUUUCACCAGGUCAGACCUCUCCUUGAGAUGUUGAGAAGUCGUUGCAUGAGUAACUACCACCCAAAGCAGCACAUUUCAGUUGAAGAGAGGAUGGUUGCCUAG